AUUUCGAACAAAUGCAGAUGAUUGGGCAAAGCCAGUGUUUAGAGAACGCGUAGAACUAGCAGAAGACUCAAACCCACAGACCUCGUGGAUCGAAUCCAGACCAGGAGGUACAGGUGUAGCGGUAGACUCCGGUUAAGACGUUUGAGCGGAGAGGAGAGAGAUGCUGGAAAACCCUACACCGGCAGCUCAGCCUGAUUCCACCAGCGUCGUCAAGCGCUAUGCUCCUCCCAAUCAAAGAAACCGUUCUCUUAACAGGCGCAAAUCAGGAGAACGAUUUGAUCGAAGUAACAGUCUUUAUGCAAAUGAGGCAGAGAAGAACCAACAGCAUCCCCCUUCAAGAAAUAUGCCUGUUGUAGAUCAUGGUGAUGUAGGGAGCAGCAAUUUCCUGAAGGGGAAUUCUCGACCAGGCUUAAUUGCUUUAGAGGGCUGUUCUCGCAGUGAGGCAGCUCAACUGUUGAAUGAUCGCUGGACACUGGCAAUGCAUAACUACGAUGAUGCAUCCAUAGAUUUAUCUGCAACGUUCCUCGAUAUGAUGGGAGGGUAUAAUUAUAAUGAAUUCCAGAAAGACCAGUUAUGUACUUGGGAAGUAGUGCACCAGCAUGGGGGGGACACAUUAGACUUCCUCAUCAGUUCAUGCCUGCAGCAAAUGCUGGUGCACCACCUUCUGGUUCACAAAUUGACUUCUUAAGUGAACUUCGCCGCGCAAUGCGGAAUGCAAGUGCCAAUUCCGACAACUAACAGUCCCCGUAUGUACUUAAAAGAUGAAAUGUUGUAUCUGAAUCUGAGAUUCGCAAAAUGCUUGGAGCACUGUUGCUCAGGAGUCAAGAUUACCUGUUUUAUUCUGUUAUUAAAACCCUAAAGUAUGCUACUUUGUUAAAAAAUUGUGAUUUAUGUGACAAAGUGUUCUAAACCUUGAUUGUGCUACUUGAAUAUAUAGUCAUGAGAUUUUUGUUGCAGA